AAAAAAAAAAGUUAAAAUCAACUCAGAGGAGGGAGGGAGGGGGGAGAGAAAACGCCCUGGAAAUCUGGUUGAUCGAGAAGUAGAAGAAGAGUGCACAAUCCUCUCAGACUGCAAAGUUGUGACAGUGCGAAAGGCUUUUCUUGGGCAGGGGGAGAAGGACACAAGUUUUCCAGGAUGCUCAAGCUGGUGUGAGGCUUCUCGGGCGCUACGGCUGCGCACAGAAGUCGACAAUUCAAGUACGAAAGCAUCAGUGAAGCCCUCGGCUGCGCUUGAGCAAUCUGAGGAAAACAAGAACAGGAUUUUCAUCACACCAUGGCUGAAAUGGAAGAAGAUAAGUUCAAGAUGGCUGAAGAGGAGGACACCAGGGAGGUGCUUUUUCCAGACUGGGAGGGUCCAGACAAAACUGGUCUGACCAUUGAACAGACAAGUGGAGGGGAGAUCUUUGUCAAGGAGGUGAAAGGAGAGUCACCUGCUGGACGGUCUGGAAAGGUGUAUGAAGGUGACCAGAUCGUGGGUGCCACUGUCUACUUUGAAAAUAUGAGCUCAGAAGAAACUGCAGAUCUAUUGAAGGCCCUGAAUAAACACAAGGUUGGACUGAAACUACAGAACAGAGGAGACAAAUCUCCUGGUUACUCACCCUUGAGCACACCGUGCCGCUCACCAAUAGGCACCCUCACAUGGGAAGGAAAGACUCGCUUUGGAGGCUCCAGUCCAGAUAUCAUUCUCAGUGGGGAUGAUGAAGACUACAGAAGAAUAUACACAAAAAAGAUUAAACCAAGACUGAAGUCUGAAGACCUUGCGGAAGGAGUUGAUGUUCGCACAGAGAGACACAGCAGCACGAGCAGUGAUGGCAACACAAUUACUACCGUAACCCGCCGUAUUACUACAUACACAGUGGAUAUGCCCAGUGGCAUAAGUGAGCAACUUGAGUUUUCAAGUCCAGAGUCCAAGAAGCUGAAACACGAAUCUGGAGAUGGCUCUCCUUCAAUCAGAAUCUCAUAUGGCAGCCCUUCAGGUAAAGUGGGAGGUGACGAAGGAGUUUUUGAGUCAAGCAAUGUAACUUACACUGGUCCACAUGUUAGCUCUACAAAGACAAGCUGGGGCAGUGGGGGUGUGAAAACCACGACAAUUGUGAGAGAAGGAACAGAAGGAGGUACAGAGUACAGAUUGAAGGGGCCGAGCUUCGGAGUGACAGGAGGUAGAGGCAAGGAAGGAAACAAAGGAGGCAUUACGGUUUCAGAAACAAAUGUGGCACUAAGUGAUGGCAGAAACACUGGUAGUAAGCAUGUUACAAUUGGAGGGUCAGGAAGUGCUGAGAUGACCUCAACUGAUGAAAAUGGAGGACAAAUCAGUGUGUCUUUACCUGGAAAAAGUAUGCAGAUUUCGACUACAACCAUGAACAAAACACUGGUGGGUGGUAUUGACCCGAGUUUAGGUGAGAGGUCAACAGUGAAGGGAACUGGAAUUACCAUCACACAUCCACAGACAAAGCUAUCAGGACAAAGUGAAGUUUCAACUGUGAGACUGAGUGGAGAGGCCACAGAUGUUGAUACUGAAUUGACAGGUGGCAGGACAGGAGGGACAAAAAUCACAUUAGGUAAUGUAACCUCGGGUUAUGCAUCAGCACCAGGCAAGAUUUCAGUGACAGGUAUGGAUGUCAACCUUUCAGGUCCAAAACUGAAAGGUGAAGUUGGCACCUAUCUGCCAAGUACAACAGGAAGUAUAAAAGUGUCUGGAAUAGCGACUGAUGAUGGAACAGUCUCUAGGACCGGGGGAGAAUUAGACAUUGACCCUAAGGGACAAACAGGCGAAUUUAAAAUGAAAGUGCCAUCAUUUCGCCUUGAAGGGCCAAAAGUCGAAAGGCACGAUGUUGAUAUAAAGCUUCCAAAAGCCAGCAUUGACAUGAAAGCACCUGGAAUUGACAUUAAAACAGCAAAGAGUGGCAUUAAGGACCUUGAUGAAAAUCUCAAGGGGCCAGAAAUUGAUAUUAUAGGAGCAAAUGUUGACACUGAAGGCUCUAAAGGAGGAUUUAGAAUGCCAAAGGUAAAAGUACCAUCAUUCAACAUCACAGGCUCCAAAGUUGAAGGUUCAGAUGUUGACACAGACUUCCCGAAAGCAGACAUUGAUGCAAAUACAUCCAAGGUUGACAUUAAGGCACCAGAUGUUGACAUUGAAGGACCUGACACAAAACUUAAAGGACCUACAUUUAAAAUGCCAACAAUUAAAGACCCAGAUUCUGACAAGAAUCUAAAAGGUUCAAAAAUGGAGACAGAUGUGAAUGUUUCACUUCCAAAGAUUGAAGGAAAAAUAAAGGCUCCCACGGUGAAUAUUCAGGACCCAAAAGGAGAGAUCAAAAUGCCAAAGAUCAAAGUGUCACCAUUUGCCUUAAAGGGCUCACAGGUCGAAGGCCCAGAUGUUGAUGUAAAUCUGCAUCCAUUGGACACUGGUAUGAAAACAACGAAUGCUGAUAUUCAGCCGCGUGAAGUGGCAGAAUUUGAAGGCCCUGAUGUAAAGCUAACAGGGUCAAAAUUCACAACACCAAAAAUAUCCAUGCCAGACCUAAAUAUCACAGGCUCAAAACUGAAAAGUGAUACUGAUCUUUCGAUUUCAAAAAUAGUGAGUGAUAUUAAAGCCCCAGAGGUCAGCAUACGGGGUUCUGAGGUCAAUAUUGAAAGUCCAAAUGUUGACAUAAAUCUCUCUAAACCAAGCAUUGGCAUGAAAACAUCAAAAAUUGAAGGAAACAUACAACCUCCAGGGGUGGAUAUUAAAGGAGCAAAUGAUGACAUAAGUUCCAAAGGAGGGUUCAAAAUGCCAAAAGUUACAAUGUCAUCAUUAAACAUGAAAGGCUCCAAAGUUGAAGGCUCAGAUGUAAGCACAAACUUGCCAAAAGUAAACAUUGAUGUGAACGCACGUGGUGCUGACACAAAGGUACCAGAUGUUGACAUUGAAAGUCCUGAUGCAAAACUCAAAGGACCCAAAAUUAAGAUGCCAACAAUGGAAGGACCAAAGUUGCCAGAGACUGACAUCAAACUCAAAGGUCCAAAACAUGAGGGUGAUGUAAGAGGUCCAGACAUUGAUGUAAAUCUCCAAAAAGGAGAUAUUGACAUGAAAACACCUGAAAUUGAAGGCCGCGAUGCAAAAUUAAAGGGGGGAAAAUUCAACAUACCAAAAUUUUCAGGGCCAAAUAUUUCCUUGCCUGAUAAGGACUUGAAUUUGACAGGCUCCAAACUCAAAGGUGAUAAGGAUGCAGUUCUGAAGCUGGAAGGCAAUACAGAAAUACCUGACGUGGAUAUCAAGGGUCCUGAAAUUGACAUUGAUGGCCCUGAUGUAAAUAUUAAAGGACCCAAAAUUAAGAUGCCCACCAUCAAAGGACCAAAGAUGUCUGACGUUGGCUUCCACCUGAAAGGUCCAAAAGUCGAGGGUGAUGUUGAUGUCUCACUUCCAAAAUAUGAAGUUGAUAUCAAAGAUCCAAAUGUUGACAUUGAAGGUCCAGAGACUGACAUUGAAAGGCCUGAUGUAAACAUAAAAGGGUCCAAAAUUAAGAUGCCCACCAUCAAAGGACCAAAGAUGCCUGACCGUAGCUUUAACAUGAAAGGUCCAAAAGUCGAGGGUGAUGUAGAUGUCUCACUUCCAAAGAUUGAAGGUGAUAUCAAAGCUCCAGACAUUGUUACUGAAGGUCCAGAUAUCAACAUUGAAACUUCCAAAGGAGGGUUCGAAAUGCCAAAGUUUAAAAUUCCAUCAUUUGGGACAAAAACAGGCAAGGAUGUUGAACUCCCAGAAGGUGACAUUGAUAUCAAGGCACCUGAAAUAGACAUUGAGGGUCCAGAUAUGAACAUUGAGGGUUCUUCAGGAGGGUUCAAAAUGCCAAAGAUUAAAAUGCCAUCAUUUGGGAGAAAGGGCCCAAAUGUCACAGGCACAGAUGUUGAACUCCCAGAAGCUGACAUUAACAUCAAGGCACCUGAAUUAGAUGUUGAGGGUCCGGAAGUUGACAUUAAAAGUCCUGGUGGCAAAAUCAAGGGACCAAAAUUCAACAUGCCACACAUCUCGGGGCCAAAGAUCUCAAUGCCAGACGUGGACUUUGGUGUGAAGGGCACCAAACUCAAAGGUGAUAUGGAUGUGACGGUUCCAAAGAUGGAGGGUGAGAUGAAGGGACUGGAUGUUGACAUCAAGGGUCCAAAGGUUGAUGUGACAGGUCCAAAAGGUGGAAUACAUCUGCCAACUAUCAACAUGCCAUCAAUUGGAUUGAAAGGUCCCAAAGUUGAAAUGCCAGAUGUUGACGUAAACCUUCCCAAAGCAAACAUUGACGUGAAAGCACCCAACAUUGACAUCGACAAACCAGAGAUUGACAUUGAAGGCCCUGAUGUAAAUGUCAAAGGACCCAAAAUUAAGAUGCCCACCAUCAAAGGACCAAAGAUGCCUGACCUUGGCUUUAACCUGAAAGGUCCAAAAGUCGAGGGUGAUGUAGAUGUCUCACUUCCAAAGAUUGAAGGUGAUAUCAAAGCUCCAGACGUUGAUAUUGAAGGUCCAGAUAUCAACACUGACACUUCCAAAGGAGGGUUCAAAAUGCCAAAGUUUAAAAUUCCAUCAUUUGGAACAAAAACAGGCAAGGAUAUUGAACUCCCAGAAGGUGACAUUGAUAUCAAGGCACCUGAAAUAGACAUUGAGGGUCCAGAUAUGAACAUUGAGGGUUCUUCAGGAGGGUUCAAAAUGCCAAAGUUUAAAAUUCCAUCAUUUGGGACGAAAACAGGCAAGGAUGUUGAACUCCCAGAAGGUGACAUUGAUAUCAAGGCACCUGAAAUAGAUGUUGAGGGUCCAGAUAUGAACAUUGAGGGUUCUACAGGAGGGUUCAAAAUGCCAAAGAUUACAAUGCCAUCAUUUGGGAUGAAGGGCCCAAAUGUCACGGACACAGAUGUUGAACUCCCAGAAGCUGACAUCAACAUCAAGGCACCUGAAUUAGAUGUUGAGGGUCCGGAAGUUGACAUUAAAAGUCCUGGUGGCAAAAUCAAGGGACCAAAAUUCAACGUGCCACACAUCUCGGGGCCAAAGAUCUCAAUGCCAGACGUGGACUUUGGUGUGAAGGGCACCAAACUCAAAGGUGAUAUGGAAGUGACGGCUCCAAAGAUGAAGGGUGAGAUGAAGGGAUUUGAUGCUGACAUCAAGGGCCCAAAGUUGGAUUUGAAAGAUUCAACAGGUGGAUUACAAAUGCCCAAUAUCAACCUGCCAUCAAUUGGAUUGAAAGGUCCCAAAUCUGAAAUGCCAGAUGUUGACGUAAACCUUCCCAAAGCAAACAUUGAUGUGAAAGGACCCAACAUUGACAUCGACAAACCAGAGAUUGACAUUGAAGGCCCUGAUGUAAAUGUCAAAGGACUCAAAAUUAAGAUGCCCACCAUCAAAGGACCAAAGAUGCCUGACCUUGGCUUUAACCUGAAAGGUCCAAAAGUCGAGGGUGAUGUAGAUGUCUCACUUCCAAAGAUUGAAGGUGAUAUCAAAGCUCCAGACGUUGAUAUUGAAGGUCCAGACAUCAACACUGAAACUUCCAAAGGAGGGUUCAAAAUGCCAAAGUUUAAAAUUCCAUCAUUUGGGAUGAAAACAGGCAAGGAUGUUGAACUCCCAGAAGGUGACAUUGAUAUCAAGGCACCUGAAAUAGACAUUGAGGGUCCAGAUAUGAACAUUGAGGGUUCUUCAGGAGGGUUUAAAAUGCCAAAGUUUAAAAUUCCAUCAUCUGGGAUGAAAACAGGCAUGAAUGUUGAACUCCCAGAAGGUGACAUUGAUAUCAAGGCACCUGAAAUAGACGUUGAGGGUCCAGAUAUGAACAUUGAGGGUUCUUCAGGAGGGUUCAAAAUGCCAAAGAUUAAAAUGCCAUCAUUUGGGAGAAAGGGCCCAAAUGUCACGUGCACAGAUGUUGAACUCCCAGAAGCUGACAUCAACAUCAAGGCACCUGAAUUAGAUGUUGAGGGUCCAGAAGUUGACAUUAAAAGUCCUGGUGGUAAAAUCAAGGGACCAAAAUUCAACAUGCCACACAUCUCGGGGCCAAAGAUCUCAAUGCCAGACGUGGACUUUGGUGUGAAGGGCACCAAACUUAAAGGUGAUAUGGAUGUGACGGUUCCAAAGAUGGAGGGUGAGAUGAAGGGACUGGAUGUUGACAUCAAGGGUCCAAAGGUUGAUGUGACAGGUCCAAAAGGUGGAAUACAUCUGCCAACUAUCAACAUGCCAUCAAUUGGAUUGAAAGGUCCCAAAGUUGAAAUGCCAGAUGUUGACGUAAACCUUCCCAAAGCAAACAUUGACAUGAAAGCACCCAACAUUGACAUCGACAAACCAGAGAUUGACAUUGAAGGCCCUGAUGUAAAUGUCAAAGGACCCAAAAUUAAGAUGCCCACCAUCAAAGGACCAAAGAUGCCAGAGUUUGGGUUCAACUUAAAAGGUCCAAAAGUCGAGGGUGAUUUAGAUGUCUCGCUUCCAAAGGUUGAAAGUGAUAUCAAAGCUCCAGACGUUGAUAUUGAAGGUCCAGAUAUCAACACUGACACUUCCAAAGGAGGGUUCAAAAUACCUAAGUUUAAAAUUCCAUCAUUUGGAACAAGAACAGGCAAGGACGUUGAACUCCCAGAAGGCGACAUUGAUAUCAAGGCACCUGAAUUAGAUGUUGAGGGUCCAGAAGUUGACAUCAAAAGUCCUGGUGGCAAAAUCAAGGGACCAAAAUUCAACAUGCCACACAUCUCGGGGCCAAAGAUCUCAAUGCCAGCCGUGGACUUCAAUGUAAAGGGCCCCAAACUCAAAGGUGAUAUGGAAGUGACGGUUCCAAAGAUGGAGGGUGAGAUGAAGGGACUGGAUGUUGGCGUCAAGGGUCCAAAGGUUGAUGUGACAGGUCCAAAAGGUGGAAUACAUCUGCCAACUAUCAACAUGCCAUCAAUUGGAUUGAAAGGUCCCAAAGUUGAAAUGCCAGAUGUUGACGUAAAUCUUCCCAAAGCAAACAUUGACGUGAAAGCACCCAGCAUUGACAUAAAAAAACCAGAGAUUGACAUUGAAGGCCCUGAUGUAAAUGUCGAAGGACCCAAAUUUAAAAUGCCCACUAUCAAAGGACCAAAGAUGCCCGAGUUUGGCUUCAACCUAAAAGGUCCAAAAGUCGAGGGUGAUGUCGAUGUCUCACUUCCAAAAUUUGAAGGUGAUAUCAAAGCUCCAGAGGUUGACAUUGAAGGUCCAGAUAUUGGCAUUGAUGGUUCUAAAGCAGGCUUCAAAAUGCCAAAGAUUAAAAUGCCAUCAUUUGGGAUAAAGGGCCCAAACGUCACGGGCACAGAUGUUGAACUCCCAGAAGCUGACAUCAACAUCAAGGCACCUGAGUUAGAUGUUGAGGGUCCAGAAGUUGACAUCAACAGUCCCGGUGGCAAAAUCAAAAGCCCAAAAUUCAACAUGCCACACAUCUCAGGGCCAAAGAUCUCAAUGCCAGCUGUGGACUUCAAUGUGAAGGGCCCCAAACUCAAAGGUGAUAUGGAUGUGACGGCUCCAAAGAUGGAGGGUGAGAUGAAGGGAUUGGAUGUUGGCAUCAAGGGUCCAAAGGUUGAUGUGACAGGUCCAAAAGGUGGAAUACAUCUGCCAACUAUCAACCUGCCAUCAAUUGGAUUGAAAGGUCCCAAAGUUGAAAUGCCAGAUGUUGACGUAAACCUUCCCAAAGCAAACAUUGACGUGAAAGCACCCAGCAUUGACAUCAACAAACCAGAGAUUGACAUUGAAGGCCCUGAUGGGAAAAUUAGUGGGCCAAAUGUCAAGUUUCCAACACUGUCUGGACCUAAAAUAUCCUUACCAGAUGUUGACUUCAAUUUGAAAGGGCCAAAGGUGAAGGGUGAUUUGAAAGGGGAUGUUCAUGUACCCAAAGCAGAUCUUGAGGGACCAGAUUUUACAAUUGCUGCUCCUGAAAUUGGCUCAAAGAAAGGCAAAUUCAAAAUGCCAAAGUUUGGACUUAAGAGCCCCAAGAUAAAAGGCCCAGAAACCGAUGUCAAAAUUGGUCAAGGGGACAUCAGCAUCAAGGGUAAGGCUGGCAGCUCGGAAGGGCUUAACUUAGAUGUUGGACUGAGUGGUCCAAAAACUAAAGGAUCAAAAUUUAAGAUGCCAAAACUUGGUUUCAGAGGCCCAAAGAUUGACAUGCCAGACAUGGACAUUAAUCUCCCAAAAACCGACAUUGAAAUCAAAACGCCUGAAGUGAACAUUGAAGGAGCAGAAAUUGAAGGUCCCAGCAGAAAGAUAAAGGGACCAAAGGUUACUAAGCCAAAAAUAUCUGGGCAAAAAAUCUCAAUGCCAGAUGUUGAUUUCAAUGUAAAAGGUCCCAAACUCAAAGGUGAUGUUGACAUGUCAGGACAAAAGAUUAAAGGAGACAUCAAAGUUCCUGAUGUUGAUAUUAAAACACCAGAAAUUGAAAUUGGUGGCCCAGAUGCAAAACUGAAAGGACCCAAAAUUAAGAUGCCUACUCUAAAAGGACCAAAGCUGCCUAAUAUUGACAUCGAGUUCAAAGGUCCAAAAGUCGAGGGUGAUGUUGAUGUCUCACUUCCAAAGAUUGAAGGUGAUAUCAAACCUCCCGAGCUUGAUAUUGAAGGUCCAGACAUUGACAUUAAGGGUUCUACAGGAGGCUUCAAAAUGCCAAAGUUUAAAAUGCCACAUUUUGGGUCCAAAGGCCCGGAUGUUGAUAUUGAACUGCCAAAAGCUGAUAUCGAUAUAAAGGCACCUGAAUUAGACAUUGAGGGUCCAAACAUUGACAUUGAAAGUCCCAGUGGAAAAAUGAAAGGCCCAAAAUUCAGCAUGCCAAAGAUCUCAAUGCCAGACAUGGACUUCAGUUUGAAGAGCCCCAAACUCAAAGGUGAUAUGGACGUGACGGCUCCAAAGAUAGAAGGUGACAUGACAGGAUUUGAUGCUGACAUCAAGGGUCCAAAGGUUGAUUUGAAAGGUUCAACAGGUGGAUUUCAAAUGCCCAAUAUCAACCUGCCAUCAUUUGGAUUUAAAGGUCCAAAAGUUGAAAUGCCAGAUGUUGACGUAAACCUUCCCAAAGCAAACAUUGACGUGAAAGCUCCCAGCAUUGAUAUCAACAAACCCGAUAUUGACAUUGAAGCCCCUGAUGUAAAUAUAAAAGGACCCAAAAUUAAGAUGCCCACCAUCAAAGGACCAAAGAUGCCCGAGUUUGGCUUCAACCUAAAAGGUCCAAAAGUUGAGGGCGAUGUCGAUGUCUCACUUCCAAAGAUUGAAGGUGAUAUCAAACCUCCCGAGGUUGACAUUGAAGGUCCAGACAUUGACAUUAAGGGUUCUACAGGAGGCUUCAAAAUGCCAAAGUUUAAAAUGCCACAUUUUGGGUCCAAAGGCCCAAAUGUUGAAGGCCCGGAUGUUGAUAUUGAACUGCCAAAAGCUGAUAUCGAUAUAAAGGCACCUGAAUUAGACAUUGAGGGUCCAAACAUUGACAUUGAAAGUCCCAGUGGAAAAAUGAAAGGCCCAAAAUUCAGCAUGCCAAAGAUCUCAAUGCCAGACAUGGACUUCAGUUUGAAGAGCCCCAAACUCAAAGGUGAUAUGGACGUGACGGUUCCAACAAUAGAAGGUGACAUGACAGGAUUGGAUGCUGGCAUCAAGGGUCCAAAGGUUGAUUUGAAAGGUUCAACAGGUGGAUUUCAAAUGCCCAAUAUCAACCUGCCAUCAUUUGGAUUUAAAGGUCCAAAAGUUGAAAUGCCAGAUGUUGACGUCAACCUUCCCAAAGCAAACAUUGAUGUGAAAGCUCCCAGCAUUGACAUCAACAAACCAGAGAUUGACAUUGAAGGCCCUGAUGUAAAUGUCAAAGGAACCAAAUUUAAAAUGCCUACCAUCACGGCACCAAAGAUGCCUGAUCUUGGCUUCAACCUUAAAGGUCCAAAAGUCCAGGGUGAUGUUGAUGUCUCACUUCCAAAAAUUGAAAGUGAUAUCAAACCUCCCGAGGUUGACAUUGAAGGUCCAGACAUUGACAUUAAGGGUUCUACAGGAGGCUUCAAAAUGCCAAAGUUUAAAAUGCCACAUUUUGGGUCCAAAGGCCCGGAUGUUGAUAUUGAACUGCCAAAAGCUGAUAUCGAUAUAAAGGCACCUGAAUUAGACAUUGAGGGUCCAAACAUUGACAUUGAAAGUCCCAGUGGAAAAAUGAAAGGCCCAAAAUUCAGCAUGCCAAAGAUCUCAAUGCCAGACAUGGACUUCAGUUUGAAGAGCCCCAAACUCAAAGGUGAUAUGGACGUGACGGCUCCAAAGAUAGAAGGUGACAUGACAGGAUUUGAUGCUGACAUCAAGGGUCCAAAGGUUGAUUUGAAAGGUUCAACAGGUGGAUUUCAAAUGCCCAAUAUCAACCUGCCAUCAUUUGGAUUUAAAGGUCCAAAAGUUGAAAUGCCAGAUGUUGACAUAAACCUUCCCAAAGCAAACAUUGACAUGACAGCUCCCAGCAUUGACAUUGACAAACCCGAUAUUGACGUUGAAGCCCCUGAUGUAAAUAUAAAAGGACCCAAAAUUAAGAUGCCCACCAUCAAAGGACCAAAGAUGCCUGAGUUUGGCUUCAACCUAAAAGGUCCAAAAGUCGAGGGUGAUGUUGAUGUCUCACUUCCAAAGAUUGAAGGUGAUAUCAAACCUCCCGAGGUCGACAUUGAGGGUCCAAACAUUGACAUUGAAAGUCCCAGUGGAAAAAUGAAAGGCCCAAAAUUCAACAUGCCAAAGAUCUCAAUGCCAGACAUGGACUUCAGUUUGAAGAGUCCCAAAUUCAAAGGUGAUAUGGAUGUGACGGUUCCAAAGAUAGAAGGUGACAUGACAGGAUUGGAUGCUGACAUCAAGGGUCCCAAGAUUGAUUUGAAAGGUUCAACAGGUGGAUUUCAAAUGCCCAAUAUCAACCUGCCAUCAUUUGGAUUUAAAGGUCCAAAAGUUGAAAUGCCAGAUGUUGACAUAAACCUUCCCAAAGCAAACAUUGACAUGACAGCUCCCAGCAUUGAUAUCAACAAACCCGAUAUUGACGUUGAAGCCCCUGAUGUAAAUAUAAAAGGACCCAAAAUUAAGAUGCCCACCAUCAAAGGACCAAAGAUGCCUGAGUUUGGCUUCAACCUAAAAGGUCCAAAAGUCGAGGGUGAUGUUGAUGUCUCACUUCCAAAGAUUGAAGGUGAUAUCAAACCUCCAGAGGUUGACAUUGAAGGUCCAGACAUUGACAUUAAGGGUUCUGCAGGAGGCUUCAAAAUGCCAAAGUUUAAAAUGCCACAUUUUGGGUCCAAAGGCCCGGAUGUUGAUAUUGAACUGCCAAAAGCUGAUAUCGAUAUAAAGGCACCUGAAUUAGACAUUGAGGGUCCAAACAUUGACGUUGAAAGUCCCAGUGGAAAAAUGAAAGGCCCAAAAUUCAGCAUGCCAAAGAUCUCAAUGCCAGACAUGGACUUCAGUUUGAAGAGCCCCAAACUCAAAGGUGAUAUGGACGUGACGGUUCCAAAGAUAGAAGGUGACAUGACAGGAUUGGAUGCUGACAUCAAGGGUCCAAAGGUUGAUUUGAAAGGUUCAACAGGUGGAUUUCAUAUGCCCAAUAUCAACCUGCCAUCAUUUGGAUUUAAAGGUCCAAAAGUUGAAAUGCCAGAUGUUGACGUCAACCUUCCCAAAGCAAACAUUGACGUGAAAGCUCCCAGCAUUGACAUCAACAAACCCGAUAUUGACAUUGAAGCCCCUGAUGUAAAUAUAAAAGGACCCAAAAUUAAGAUGCCCACCAUCAAAGGACCAAAGAUGCCCGAGUUUGGCUUCAACCUGAAAGGUCCAAAAGUCGAGGGUGAUGUCGAUGUCUCACUUCCAAAAUUUGAAGGUGAUAUCAAAGCUCCAGAGGUUGACAUUGAAGGUCCAGACAUUGACAUUAAGGGUUCUACAGGAGGCUUCAAAAUGCCAAAGUUUAAAAUGCCACAGUUUGGGUCCAAAGGCCCGGAUGUUGAUAUUGAACUGCCAAAAGCUGAUAUCGAUAUAAAGGCACCUGAAUUAGACAUUGAGGGUCCAAACAUUGACAUUGAAAGUCCCAGUGGAAAAAUGAAAGGCCCAAAAUUCAGCAUGCCAAAGAUCUCAAUGCCAGACAUGGACUUCAGUUUGAAGAGCCCCAAACUCAAAGGUGAUAUGGACGUGACGGUUCCAAAGAUAGAAGGUGACAUGACAGGAUUGGAUGCUGACAUCAAGGGUCCAAAGGUUGAUUUGAAAGGUUCAACAGGUGGAUUUCAUAUGCCCAAUAUCAACCUGCCAUCAUUUGGAUUUAAAGGUCCAAAAGUUGAAAUGCCAGAUGUUGACAUAAACCUUCCCAAAGCAAACAUUGACGUGAAAGCUCCCAGCAUUGACAUCAACAAACCCGAUAUUGACAUUGAAGCCCCUGAUGUAAAUAUAAAAGGACCCAAAAUUAAGAUGCCCACCAUCAAAGGACCAAAGAUGCCCGAGUUUGGCUUCAACCUGAAAGGUCCAAAAGUCGAGGGUGAUGUCGAUGUCUCACUUCCAAAAUUUGAAGGUGAUAUCAAAGCUCCAGAGGUUGACGUUGAAGGUCCAGACAUUGACAUUGACGUUUCUAAAGGAGGCUUCAAAAUGCCAAAAAUUAAAAUGCCAUCAUUAGGGAUAAAGGGCCCAAAUGUCACGGGCACAGAUGUUGAACUCCCACAAGCUGACAUCAACAUCAAGGCACCUGAGUUAGAUGUUGAGGGUCCAGAAGUUGACAUCAAAAGUCCUGGUGGCAAGAUCAAAGGCCCAAAAUUCAACAUGCCACACAUCUCGGGACCAAAUAUCUCAAUGCCAGAUGUGGACUUCAAUUUGAAGGGCUCCAAAAUCAAAGGUGAUAUGGAUGUCUCUCUUCCAAAGAUUGAAGGUGAAAUCAAAGCUCCAGAAGUUGACAUUGAAGGUCCAGAUAUUGACAUUGAGGGUUCCAAAGGAGGGUUCAAAAUGCCAAAGUUUAAAAUGCCAAAAUUUGGGUCCAAAAGCCCAAAUGUGAAAGGCCCGGAUGUUGAUGUUGAACUUCCAACAGCUGACAUCAACAUCAAGGCACCUGAGUUAGAUGUUGAGGGUCCAGAAGUUGACAUUAAAAGUCCUGGUGGCAAAAUCAAGGGACCAAAAUUCAACAUGCCACACAUCUCAGGGCCAAAGAUCUCAAUGCCAGCUGUGGACUUCAAUGUGAAGGGCCCCAAAGUCAAAGGUGACAUGGAUGUGACGGUUCCAAAGAUAGAGAGUGAGAUGAAGGGACUGGAUGCUGACAUCAAGGGUCCAAAGGUUGAUGUGACAGGUCCAAAAGGUGGAAUACAUCUGCCAACUAUCAACAUGCCAUCAAUUGGAUUUAAAGGUCCAAAAGUUGAAAUGCCAGAUGUUGACGUAAACCUUCCCAAAGCAAACAUUGACGUGAAAGCACCCAGCAUUGACAUCAACAAACCAGAGAUUGACAUUGAAGGCCCUGAUGUAAAUGUCAAAGGACCCAAAUUUAAAAUGCCCACUAUGAAAGGACCAAAGAUGCCUGAGUUUGGCUUCAACCUUAAAGGUCCAAAAGUGGAGGGCGAUGUCGAUGUCUCACUUCCAAAAUUUGAAGGUGAUAUCAAAGCUCCAGAGGUAGACAUUGAAGGCCUAGACAUUGAUAUUGAUGGUUCUAAAGGAGGCUUCAAAAUGCCAAAGAUUAAAAUGCCAUCAUUUGGGAUAAAGGGCUCAAAUGUCUCAGGCACAGAUGUUGAACUCCCAGAAGCUGACAUCAAUAUCAAGGCACCUGAGUUAGAUGUUGAGGGUCCAGAAGUUGACAUCAAAAGUCCUGGUGGCAAAAUCAAAGGCCCAAAAUUCAACAUGCCAAACAUCUCAGGGCCAAAGAUCUCAAUGCCCGAUGUUGACAUAAACUUUCCCAAAGUAAGCACUGAUGUGAAAGCACCCAGCAUUGACAUAAAUAAACCAGAGAUUGACAUUGAAGGCCCUGACGUAAAUGUCAAAGGACCCAAAUUUAAAAUGCCCACUAUGAAAGGACCAAAGAUGCCUGAGUUUGGCUUCAAUGUAAAAGGUCCAAAAGUCGAGGGUGAUGUCGAUGUCUCACUUCCAAAAUUUGAAGGUGAUAUCAAAGCUCCAGAGGUUGACAUUGAAGGUCCAGACAUUGAUAUUGAUGGUUCGAAAGGAGGCUUCAAAAUGCCAAAGAUUAAAAUGCCAUCAUUCGGUAUAAAGGGCCCAAAUGUCACGGACACAGAUGUUGAACUCCCAGAAGCUGACAUCAACAUCAAGGCACCUGAAUUAGAUGUUGAGGGUCCAAAAGUUGACAUUAAAGGUCCUGGUGGCAAAGUCAAAGGACCAAAAUUCAACAUGCCAAACAUCUCAGGGCCAAAGAUCUCGAUGCCAGACAUGGACUUCAGUUUGAAGGGUCCCAAAGUCAAAGGUGAUAUGGACGUGACGGUUCCAAAGAUAGAGGGUGAGAUGAAGGGAUUGGAUGCUGACAUCAAGGGCCCAAAGUUGGAUUUGAAAGGUUCAACAGGUGGAUUACAAAUGCCCAACAUCAACCUGCCAUCAAUUGGGUUCAAAGGUCCAAAAGUUGAUGUGCCAGAUGUCGACGUAAACCUUCCCAAAGCAAACAUUGACGUGAAAGCACCCAGCAUUGACAUCAAAAAACCAGAGAUUGACAUUGAAGCCCCUGAUGUAAAUGUCAAAGGACCCAAAAUUAAGAUGCCCACCAUCAAAGGACCAAAGAUGCCUGAGUUUGGCUUCAACCUAAAAGGUCCAAAAGUUGAGGGUGAUGUCGAUGUCUCACUUCCAAAAUUUGAAGGUGAUAUCAAAGCUCCAGAGGUUGAGAUUGAAGGUCCAGAUAUCAACAUUGAAACUUCCAAAGGAGGGUUCAAAAUGCCAAAGUUUAAAAUGCCAUCAUUUGGGAUGAAAGGCCCAAAGGUUAAGGGUCCGAAUGUUGAUGUUGGACUUCCAGAUUGUGAUAUUGAUGUAAAGACACCUGAAUUAGACAUUGAGGGUCCGGAGGGUGACAUUAAAAGUCCUAGUGGUAAAAUCAAAGGUCCAAAAUUCAGUAUGCCAAACCUCUCAGGGCCAAAGAUCUCAAUGCCAGAUGUAGACUUUAAUUUGAAAGGCUCCAAACUCAAAGGUGAUGUGGAUGUCUCUCUUCCAAAGAUUGAAGGAGACAUCAGAGGUCCGGCAGUUGACAUUGAGGGUCCAGACAUUGACAUUGUGGGUCCCAAAAGUGGAAUUAAAAUGCCAAAGUUUAAAAUGCCAUCUUUUGGGGUCAAAGGCCCAAAUCUUAAAGGCCCAGAUGUUGAUGUUGAACUGCCAAAAGCUGAUAUCGAUAUUAAGGCACCUAAAUUAGACAUUGAGGGUCCGAAUAUGGAUAUUGAAAGUCCUAGUGGAAAAAUGAAAGGCCCAAAAUUCAGCAUGCCACACAUCUCAGGGCCAAAGAUCUCAAUGCCAGACAUGGACUUCAGUUUGAAGGGCCCCAAAGUCAAAGGUGAUAUGGACAUGACGGUUCCAAAGAUAGAGAGUGAGAUGACGGGACUGGAUGCUGACAUCAAGGGUCCAAAGGUUGAUUUGAAAGGUUCAACAGGUGGAAUACAUCUGCCGACUAUCAACAUGCCAUCAAUUGGAUUUAAAGGUCCAAAAGUUGAAAUGCCAGAUGUUGACGUAAACCUUCCCAAAGCAAACAUUGACGUGAAAGCUCCCAGCAUUGACAUUGACAAACCAGAGAUUGACAUUGAAGGCCCUGAUGUAAAUAUCAAAGGAACCAAAUUUAAAAUGCCUACCAUCACGGCACCAAAGAUGCCUGAGUUUGGCUUCAACCUAAAAGGUCCAAAAGUCGAGGGUGAUGUAGAUGUCUCACUUCCAAAAAUUGAAAGUGAUUUCAAACCUCCCGAGGUUGACAUUGAAGGUCCAGACAUUGACAUUAAGGGUUCUACAGGAGGCUUCAAAAUGCCAAAGUUUAAAAUGCCACAUUUUGGGUCCAAAGGCCCGGAUGUUGAUAUUGAACUGCCAAAAGCUGAUAUCGAUAUAAAGGCACCUGAAUUAGACAUUGAGGGUCCAAACAUUGACAUUGAAAGUCCCAGUGGAAAAAUGAAAGGCCCAAAAUUCAGCAUGCCAAAGAUCUCAAUGCCAGACAUGGACUUCAGUUUGAAGAGCCCCAAACUCAAAGGUGAUAUGGACGUGACGGCUCCAAAGAUAGAAGGUGACAUGACAGGAUUUGAUGCUGACAUCAAGGGUCCAAAGGUUGAUUUGAAAGGUUCAACAGGUGGAUUUCAAAUGCCCAAUAUCAACCUGCCAUCAUUUGGAUUUAAAGGUCCAAAAGUUGAAAUGCCAGAUGUUGACGUCAACCUUCCCAAAGCAAACAUUGACGUGAAAGCUCCCAGCAUUGACAUCAACAAACCCGAUAUUGACAUUGAAGCCCCUGAUGUAAAUAUAAAAGGACCCAAAAUUAAGAUGCCCACCAUCAAAGGACCAAAGAUGCCCGAGUUUGGCUUCAACCUGAAAGGUCCAAAAGUCGAGGGUGAUGUCGAUGUCUCACUUCCAAAAUUUGAAGGUGAUAUCAAAGCUCCAGAGGUUGACGUUGAAGGUCCAGACAUUGACAUUGACGUUUCUAAAGGAGGCUUCAAAAUGCCAAAAAUUAAAAUGCCAUCAUUAGGGAUAAAGGGCCCAAAUGUCACGGGCACAGAUGUUGAACUCCCACAAGCUGACAUCAACAUCAAGGCACCUGAGUUAGAUGUUGAGGGUCCAGAAGUUGACAUCAAAAGUCCUGGUGGCAAGAUCAAAGGCCCAAAAUUCAACAUGCCACACAUCUCGGGACCAAAUAUCUCAAUGCCAGAUGUGGACUUCAAUUUGAAGGGCUCCAAAAUCAAAGGUGAUAUGGAUGUCUCUCUUCCAAAGAUUGAAGGUGAAAUGAAAGCUCCAGACAUUGACAUUGAAGGUCCAGAUAUUGACAUUGAGGGUUCCAAAGGAGGGUUCAAAAUGCCAAAGUUUAAAUUACCAUCAAUCGGGGUGAAAGGCCCAAAUUUCACAGGCCCGGAUGUUGACGUUGAACUCUCAAAAGCUGACAUUGACAUAAAGGCACCUGAAUUAGACAUUGAGGGUCCAAAUAUUGACAUUGAAAGUCCCAGUGGAAAAAUUAAAGGCCCAAAAUUCAGCAUGCCAAACAUCUCAGGGCCAAAGAUCUCAAUGCCAGACAUGGACUUCAGUUUAAAGGGCUCCAAACUCAAAGGUGAUAUGGACGUGACGGUUCCAAAGGUAGAGGGUGACAUGAAAGGAUUGGAUGCUGACAUCAAGGGUCCAAAGGUUGAUUUGAAAGGUAUAAAAGGUGGAAUACAUCUGCCAACUAUCAACAUGCCAUCAAUUGGGUUGAAAAGUCCAAAAGUUGAUGUGCCAGAUGUCGACGUCAAUCUUCCCAAAGCAAACGUUGACGUCAAAGCACCCGGCAUUGACAUCGACAAACCAGAGUUUGACAUUGAAGGCCCUGAUGUAAAUGUCAAAGGACCCAAAUUUAAGAUGCCCACCAUCACGGCACCAAAGAUGCCCGAGUUUGGCUUCAACGUUAAAGGUCCAAAAGUUGAGGGUGAUGUGGAUGUCUCACUUCCAAAGAUUAAAGGUGAUAUUAAAGCUCCAGAGAUUGACCUUGAAGGAAAAGACAUUGGCCAUGAAGGAAUAAAAGGUAGUUUCAAAAUGCCCACGAUUAAAAUGCCGUCCUUUGGCAUGACAGGUUCAUCAACUGAAGGGCCAAAUGUUGAUAUCCGUGUCCCCAAAGCUGACCUUGAUAUUAAUGUUCCUGGAGAUGUUAAAGGUCCUAAUGCUGACAUCACUGUUGAUUCUGAAAAGACUGGCGUUACAUUUCCAAAGUUCAAAGGUCCUAAAUUUGAAAUGAAACAUCAAGAAGUGGAAAAGCCUGAAUUCAAUAUAAAAUCACCCUCUUUCAGUGCAGGAGCCAAAGGUUCCAAAACAGAGGUUAGCUUUCCAGACACUGAGGCAAGUCUUGAUGCUCCUGAUAUUGAUAUCAAUGUAAAGGGGAAAAAGGGUAAGUUUAAACUUCCCAAAGUAAAAGGAAAAGCAAAGAAGCCUGGUGCUGACAUAGACAUACCACCAAUAGAUAUGGAUUUGGAUGCACCCAGUGUUCAUGUCAAAGGAACAAAGGUGAAGAAACAACGUUUUGGCAAGAUUCAUUUCCCAGAUGUGGAACUUGAUAUCAAAUCCCCCAAACUGAAAGGUGAUGGCUCUUUAUCAGGGGCAUUGAAAACUCCUGAUACAGAUUUGCCAUCUGCAAGCCUAAACACAGGCUUUGAUGGUUCAACGAGCCCUACAAAUAUUGGUGUUGUCGCUCCAGGUUUAAAAGUGAAGUCUCCUGACAUCAAAUUAUCAAGUUCAGAACCAGGUGCAGAAAUUCAUGCAGGACUUUCAGGUUCAAGCAGAAGUGGAAUUGGAGGCCUUCAAUUCCCUGAAGGUACAGUGACAUUUCCCAAACUUAAGAUACCAAAAUUUGGAACUAUUUUGCCUGAAACUAAAGGCCAGGAAGUUGAGUCUGAAUUUGCAGCCAGUGGAAGUGUGAACAUCCGGCCUCCAUCUGUUAGUUGUGAUGUCAGUUCACAAAAUAUUGAGGUGCCAGCUGCAGAAGUAAAGCAUAGUGAAAGCAAAGUAAAGGUAAAAAUGCCAAAACUGUUUGGCAAAUCAAAAGCAAAAGGCAGUAGUGCAGGUGACCUCUCUGGAGAACUAAGUGCUAGUGGAAAGGUUACUGGUCCUGGACUCAGUGUGUCAUCUAAAGGCAAGUCAGCUUCACUGGAUCUAUUCAAGAAAUCAAGACAUCGGUCCUCUUCUCUUAGUGAUGAAGGAGGUUCUCCUUCAGCUCACUUAGAAGCUGAAAGUGGGGACAUUUCAUUAGACCUGGGUGGAGACAAAGGAAAGAAAGGCAAAUUAAAGUUUGGCACUUUUGGAGGCUUUGGUUCGAAGUCAAAAGGCUCAUACGAAGUGACACUUGGAGAUGACAGUCAAGUAGGGGUAGAGGGGAGUGCAGAUGUUUCUGUACAUUCUAAAAAGAGCAGAUUGUCUUCAUCAUCCAGCAGUGACAGUGGCUCAAGGAGUGGUUUCAGGUUCCCGAGAUUGGAGCUUUCUGUUUCACCAAAAUAGUGAGGCAAAGUAAACUGUACAUCUUCCACACAUUUUUGUAACAUAAACUUCUUCACAUGUUUGCUCUUUCGGGCACAUGCACAGUCAUCUCAGUGUUUUUGACUAUGAGUAUUGUCCAUUUAUUCGGCAUAAAUGCAUGAGAUUGUUUAAAAUCCCUUCAAAAUGUAAAUAAGAUUAAUUUGUAUCAUAAUAAUAAAUAUUGUUUUUGUAUAUAGACCAGAUUUAUAAACAACUGCAAUCUCACAAAAAACAACAAAAUUUUAUUAAAGGUUUUGUUUUUGUGUUAUGUUUUGUUGUAGUACAUGGAUGUUCUUGAUAAAUUGGCACGGUAUAUUUGUAUCCAGGGGUCUAUUGCAGAGAACAGAAACUUACAAUAGUCAUGUAGAAAGAAAAUGUUUAUACACUCAGACACACAUAUGAACAGUAACUAAUUUUAAAUGUAUGACUUAAUGUUUUUGAGCUUUGAUAAUAUAUAAACAGCGCUGAAAGACAUUUACGCAAAACGGUCGCUUUCACCACAUUCAGAAGAGUGAUGAUGUAUUCACCAUAAUUGCAAAGACAAUCACUGUUUGAAAAAUCUCUGAAAUGCUGUCAUUGUGUUUUAGUUUCACUGAGUUGUUUUUUUGUUUUUUUGCUAAAAAUCACUCAUUUACCACAGUACAGAUUUUGUUUUCAACAGCCUCUGUCUCUUAAAUGUAUCUUGUUUUCAUAAUUGAAAAAUUUCUUUAUUUUGUUUCUUUUUGUCACUUUUAUUGUAUACACGUGUUAUGCUUACUUAAAAAACACAAAUAAACAGUCCCUUUGAUAUCAUUUUUUGUAAACAAAGUGUGUUAAUACAGAGUUACAUGAUAUGAUCUGUUAUGACCACAUGAGUUUUUGGGUUAAUUAUUAUGUGUGCAUUCUCCAACAAAACCAAAUAAAAGAUUCAAUCAAAUUUA